ACAGUUUUGUGCGGACAUUAAAUUUGUCUGCAAAUAAUAUUAUCAUUACUGUGUUACCAAGAAUUAUAGAUAAAAUCUAGAAAAAAAUUGCCUAAAUUAGUAUGGCCGGAAACUUUUGGCACAGUUCUCAUCAUCAACAAUGGAUAUUGGAUAAGCAGGAUCUCAUACGCGAGAGGCAACACGAUCUAAAAAACCUCACCGAGGAAGAGUAUCAGAAAAUCUUUAUGUUCUUCGCAAAUGUGAUUCAAUCUCUCGGCGAACAGCUCAAGCUACGCCAGCAAGUAAUUGCCACUGCCACCGUGUAUUUCAAACGUUUUUAUGCCCGCAAUUCUCUCAAAUGCAUCGAUCCCCUAUUGCUGGCACCGACGUGUAUCUUGCUGGCGUCCAAAGUCGAAGAAUUCGGAGUCAUUUCCAACUCCCGGCUUAUCACCACUUGCCAAACGGUGAUCAAGAACAAAUUCAGCUAUGCAUAUCAGCAAGAAUUCCCUUAUCGAACAAAUCACAUCCUGGAAUGUGAAUUUUAUUUACUGGAAAAUCUCGACUGCUGCUUGAUCGUGUAUCAACCGUAUCGUCCUCUGCUGCAGCUGAUACAAGAUAUCGGUCAGGAAGAUCAGCUUCUCACGCUUACGUGGCGUCUAAUCAACGAUUCCCUAAGAACGGAUGUUAGCUUACUGUAUCCACCGUACCAGAUAGCAAUUGGUUGCCUGCAGAUCGCCUGUGUCAUCUUGCAAAAAGAACUCAAGGCAUGGUUCGCUGAAUUGAAUGUGGACAUGGAGAAGGUACAAGAAAUUGCCAGGGCUAUCUUGAACCUUUUCGAAUUGUGGAAAAGUUAUGAUGAAAAGGAAAUACAAGGCCUGCUGGAAAAGAUGCCAAAGCCAAAACCGGCAUCACAGCGGUGA